UCGGUGCUGAAUCACGCGCACUGAAACGUCGACAGCAGUAAAGGCACAAUUUUAUCUUCGUCUGGGCUUAACAGCAUUUCCAAACCUUUUGUUAGCAUAGUUUUAUGCGAGCGAGGGUAGUUAAAUGAUGGCCUUCUUCGUGAAAAAGAAGAAAUUCAAGUUUCAGACCCAUCUGACGCUGGAGGAACUGACCGCUGUGCCUUUUGUCAACGGAGUUUUGUUCUGCAAGCUCCGGCUGCAGGAUGGAGAUUUUGUCGCCACUUCUUCCAGAGAGGAGGUUCAGGAGAACUGUGUCCGCUGGAGGAAGAGGUUCACCUUUGUGUCGAAGAUGAGCGCCAACCCCCACACUGGAGUCCUGGAUCCAUCUGUCUGCAGGGUGUCGGUCAGGAAGGAACUUAAAGGAGGAAAAGCAUAUACAAAGCUGGGCUUCACAGACCUCAACAUGGCAGAGUUUGCGGGUUCUGGCUCCACCGUGCGAUGCUGUCUGCUGGAGGGAUAUGACACCAAGAACACACGGCAGGACAACUCCAUACUGAAGGUGAUCAUCGGAAUGACUCUUCUGUCCGGAGAUCCGUGUUUUAAAACACCUCCGAGCACAGCAAAGUCCAUCUCCGUCCCGGGACGAGAGCACACCCUGCAGCUGGACUGCAAGGGGGAGGGAACGGCUGGUGGAGCGGGGCCAGCUGGAGGCGUUUCCCUGGGCCGAGCUCCGAAGCCCCGGCCUUCCAUCGUCAGCUCGGGUCUCCUGGAAGAAUCGGAGGCGAAUCAGAACCAGUCCGGUCCUGCAGAAGCCUUCCAGUCGGGUCACUCUCGUAACUCCAGCUAUGCCAGCCAGCACAGCAAAAUCUCAGGCUACAGCACCGAGCACUCCUGCUCCUCCAGCCUGUCCGACCUCACGCAUCGCAGGAAUACCUCGACGGGAAGCAGCACCUCCGGGGGCCUGGCUUUCACUGCUGACACACCUCCCGAGGCCGACAAGGAUGCCGGACGUCCAGAAAGACCCCCUCGACCCCCGCGGCCUGUGCUGCCCCCUAACAGGCCUCCCAGGAGGAAGCAGAACUCAGUGGAGAGUCACCCCUCCUGGGUGAACGACACCCGCAUGGAUGCUGACGACAUUGUGGAGAAAAUAGUCCAGAGUCAAAACUUUGAAGAUAUCCACAACACUGAAGGUAGAGCAGAGGGCAGACGAAGCUGCUCCCGAUGAGCCUGCAGGAUGUGAUGUUACGACAGCAGCUUGCAGGGAUUACAUCACAGAGCUGAAGCAAUGAAACUUAAGGGUUUGGUUAUGAGAGCGUGGGUUUACCAACAUGCUAUUGCUACAGGAAAGAGCACACUUCACAUUCUGCUGUGACUCUCCCAGACUGACCUGUUGGUACAUCCACAGAUUUCCACAGAGUCCGUUUCUGGUUUCUGCUUGUAAAGUCCGAUUUUAGCUUUGAGAAAGUUUAGUUUUUCUUGACAGGAAGGUGGUGAUUUUAUUCUCUGUGAUUUAUAAAUCCCGACCCUGGAACCUGUCGAAAUGUUUUCAGUUUUUCUGGUGCCUGUCCUGCUAGGGUUGCUGGGUUCUUAGUUUUCUUUAGCUUCAUCUAGAAGAUGUGGAUGGAAGAGUUCACUAAGACACAAGAUUAUAUACUAGUUUUAAGUGUUUUCAAAAGUCAGGCUUGACCUGGAAAAGAUUUGAGUAAUGCGACUCACCAGCAGUUUCUGGUCAGGACACCUUCAUCUAUUCCAUUAAAACCACUAAGUGUUGUGUUACACCGCCACCUUGUGGUGACUCCACACACUUAUUUACUUUACCCAACCAGUGGAAACGUCUGAUUCUCAUUUCAGUUUAGUUUAGAUGUGAGUUCAGCUGCUCCUAACCUUAACCCAUACCUUUAAAAACGAUGUCAAAAGAUCUUUAGAAGAUAUGCAAGAAAGAUUAAAACUCUGAAUCAGAGAAAUCCCUCAGUUCAGUAAUAAUAAUAAUAAUAGUAAUAAUACAUUUUAUUUCAAAGCGCCUUUUAAGACCCCCAGAGACAUAAGGAUUGCUGAGGUGCAGAGCGACUGAAGGCUGGGCUCCCCAUGGUGCUGAGGCGGGCAGUGAGGUGGAUGGAGGAGGAGGAUCUAAGGGAACGAGAUGGGGAGGGUAUCGGACAGAUAUGGAAGAGUGAGGUAAUGGAUGGCCUUGAAGGUAUAGAGAAGAUGAUUUGGUGGAUUUGCUGUAGGAUAGGGGUGAUAUGAUAUGAGACGGUUUGAUCCAAUGAUGAUCAGCUGAGUUCUGAACCAGUUGAAGCUUAUGGAGGAACUUCUGAGGAAGGCCAAACAGGAGAGAGUCGCAGUGAUCAGUCUGGGAGGUAAGGAGACUGAACGAGGAUAGCGGCAGCAUCGGGGGGUGAGGGAGGGGCGGAGUCGAUGUUUUAUAGAUGGAAAUCUGCAGACCGGGUGAUGUUACUGAUGUGAGACAAAGCACUGACGAGGAUGACGCCCAGACUCCUAACCUGAGGGGAGGGGAGAGUGUGGAGCUGUCAGUGGUUCCGUAUCAGUUCCUGAUAUCUGGAACUAUCUGCUGCUUCUGGCCAGUUUCUACACGAACAAGCAGAUGGAAACAUGGAAAAUCUUGGAAGUGUAGAAGAUCUUGGAGGGUGGAGGGUGAAAGCAGUUGGGAUUAAAACCCUUCAUGCAUCGUCUCUGCUCCUGCAAGGGCACUGUUAGAUGUUUUUAUAGUGUUGUUGCUGUGUGUGUUUGAUGUAAACAAACCAUGACCGCCUGUUUCACUCUAUCAUGGCUUAGAACAGGGAUCACCAACUCCAGACCUCUUGGGCAGGUUUUAGAUGUUUCCCUGCUACAACACACCUGAUUCAAGUAGAAUGGUUUUCCAGCAGGUCUUUGUCAAGCUCUGCACCGGUCCCCUUAAUUUGAGCCAGGUGUGUUUAACAAGGGAGCGCUACAGUCACACAACAGUGUGCUAACGUUAGCCUGCAACGUCGCUCAGACCAAAGCGAAUCAUUGUGGGAGGGCCAGCUCCACUGUUUCCUUUUCUAAUUUAAAUUCACGCUACUGACGUAAAACCAGACGAAAACACUCCAGUGUCUGGCUGAAGGACAGAUUGGACGUUUACACAAUGCCAGAAAAGUUCAGGGGAGACAAGACGAGUUUUAGUCUGGAAAUACUGGUGAAAACGUCCUGAGCUGCAGGACGUGAAGCCUCCUGCUUUCUGCUGACCUUCGCUCUGUUUCCUGCUUUUCAGACAGCAACCUUCGUCUGUUCGUCAGCAGAGAUGGAAGCACGGCGCUCAGCGGCAUCAGGCUGGGAAACAGGGUGUCUGCUGGCGGCUACGAGCCGGUGGUGAUCGAGAGCCAUUAAACCUGCAGGAGGAUCUUCUGUCCCUGGUUUUACUGGAGCUUCAGCUGGUCUGACGCCAUGAGAGGAAAACCACGUCAUUUGCACUUUAUGUGAAGUUUGUUUCAGGACCUGUCUACACUCUGGUCGGCCGUUUCUGCCACGUAGAAGGUGUUUGUUAUAAAAGCGCCCGUUGCUGCAACACCGACUUUCACAUUUCACACCAUCUUUAUUCUGUCCACGUCGUCAUCCACGUGUCCCAGCGUCAGGUUUAUUCUGUCCACCAGAAUCAUCCACGUGUCCCAGCGUCAUCCACGUGUCCCAGCGUCAGGUUUAUUCUGUCCACCAGAAUCAUCCACGUGUCCCAGCGUCAUCCACGUGUCCCAGCGUCAGGUUUAUUCUGUCCACCAGAAUCAUCCACGUGUCCCAGCGUCAUCCACGUGUCCCAGCGUCAGGUUUAUUCUGUCCACCAGAAUCAUCCACGUGUCCCAGCGUCAUCCACGUGUCCCCAGCGUCAGGUUUAUUCUGUCCACCAGAAUCAUCCACGUGUCCCAGCAUCAUCCACGUGUCCCAGCGUCAGGUUUAUUCUGUCCACCAGAAUCAUCCACGUGUCCCAGCGUCAUCCACGUGUCCCAGCGUCAGGUUUAUUCUGUCCACCAGCAUCAUCCACGUGUCCCAGCAUUGGGUUUAUUUUGUCCACGUGUCCCCAGCGUCAGGUUUAUUCUGUCCACCAGCAUCAUCCACGUGUCCCAGCGUCAUCCACGUGUCCCAGCAUUGGGUUUAUUUUGUCCACGUGUCCCCAGCGUCAGGUUUAUUCUGUCCACCAGAAUCAUCCACGUGUCCCAGCAUCAGGUUUAUUCUGUCCAUGUGUCCCAGCGUCAGGUUUAUUCUGUCCACCAGCGUCAUCCACGUGUCCCAGCAUCAGGUUUAUUCUGUCCAUGUGUCCCAGCGUCAGGUUUAUUCUGUCCACCAGAAUCAUCCACGUGUCCCAGCAUCAGGUUUAUUCUGUCCAUGUGUCCCAGCAUCAGGUUUAUUCUGUCCACCAGCGUCAUCCACGUGUCCCAGCGUCAGGUUUAUUCUGUCCACCAGAAUCAUCCACGUGUCCCAGAAUCAUCCACGUGUCCCAGCAUCAUCCACGUGUCCCAGCAUCAUCCACGUGUCCCAGCAUCGGGUUUAACCGAGGCUUCCUGCCCAGCCGAGCUGGUGGAUCCUAUUAUAAACUGCUGCUCUCCAGAGCUGCUUUCAUUGCUCAUAUUUGCUUUUAAUGCAUAAAUAAAUGGAAAGUUUGUUUUGUGUGAAUACGAACAUUUCAGCACAUCAGUUUCUAUUAACAGGAAACGGUGAAACUGGUCCACAAAUGGGCGGCAGAGAAACUUUAAAAGCUAAAUGCUACUUCCAGCUGAUCUUCUGUAACUAAAAUAAAUGCAGUUUCCCUUAAUAUUUUCACUAAAAACAAACCAGAUUCUGGUUGUUUUCCUGCUGUCAGCAGCUCUUUUUGUUUUUUGCUUUUUAUUUAAUUUUUCACUACAAACUGGAAACCUGAGAAAUCAGAAGCAGCAUCUGUUAAAUACAAACAUCUGGACAAUAGAAACGUGUGAAACAAGGAGAAAAGGUUGGUGGUAAUUAGAAAUAAUGAUUUACAAUGAAUAAAUACUAAUUUAAAUAUGUGAAAAUGACAUAUUUAAGUAUAAAAUGCUAAUUGUUGCUCUGCAGCCGGGACAUGCUGAGGAUUCAUGGAUGAUGCUGGUUUAAACUCUGUUGCUUGUAAACGUGCAUCAGCAAAGCAUCGAACUUUAGGAAGUUUUCUACGUGUACAAUCCCUGCAGAGCCAGUCGGCCACGUCGUUGCUGCAGCAUGGUGAAAAUAAUCCUGCUGGCUCGGAUGUCAACAUGUCUGCAGCGACGAUUUCCAGAAAAAGAACAGGAGAAACUGUCUUUCUGUUUCUGUUCUGUUCAGUUUACAUGUGUGUUGCACA